AUGCCGGUACGCGAGGGUUUGGGGAAAUCACUGGUGGGAGCUAUUGAUGAUGGGACCAAGACUGUCAGAUUUGUUAUAUACGAAGCAGAACAGUCAGAAGAAUUGGCAGCUCAUCAGCUAGAUAAGACGGUGUUGCAGCCACAGGAAGGCUGGUACGAGCAGGACCCAUUAGAAAUUUUGCAUCACAUCAGGGAGUGUGCUGAGAACGCGAUCGACCAGCUCAAUGAAAUGGGUUAUUCCAAAGAAGAUUUAGUGUCAAUUGGUAUUACAAAUCAGAGAGAGACAACGAUCGCCUGGGAUAAAUUUACCGGUGAACCACUCCAUCAUGCCAUAGCAUGGAACGACAUACGCACAGACAGUACAGUCGAUGCGAUACUCGCGAAAGUGCCGGAUAGGAACAAGAACUAUCUAAAAAACAUAUGCGGUCUACCUAUCAGCCCCUACUUCAGCGCUCUCAAAAUGAGGUGGUUGAAGGAUAAUAUAAAAGCCGUGAGACGAGCCAGUAGAGAUAAGCGGCUUAUGUUCGGAACUGUUGACUCGUGGAUUGUAUGGAACCUCACUGGUGGUCCACACGGAGGUCUGCAUAUAACUGAUGUAACGAACGCGUCUAGGACUUUGCUGAUGAACUUGGAGACUUUGAAUUGGGACCCUAUGUUGUGUCGAUUAUUUGGCAUCCAUAGAGAGUCUCUACCACAAAUUAGAAGCAGUUCGGAAAUAUAUGGAAUAGUUAGAGAUGGAUCAGUUCUAGAUGGCAUUCGGAUAUCCGGGAUACUAGGCAACCAGCAAGCAGCGCUGGUGGGUCAAAACUGUCUUCAAGCCGGCCAAGCGAAGAACACGUAUAGGAGCGGGUGUUUCCUCUUAUACAACACUGGUACCCGACGGGUGCAAUCAACCCAUGGUCUGUUGACCACUGUUGCAUAUAAGUUGGGACCAAAUGCGCCAGCAGUUUACGCCUUGGAAGGCUCGAUAGCAGUAGCUGGUGGUGCGAUGAAGUUCCUUCGGGAUAAUCUUAAAUUGAUUAAGGACGUGGCCCAAGAUACGGAGCAUAUAGCAGGACAGGUUUUCUCGACGGGCGAUGUGUAUUUUGUACCCGCGUUUAGUGGGUUGUAUGCGCCCUAUUGGAGGAAGGAUGCAAGAGGAAUAAUCUGUGGUCUCACUGCAUUCACUACAAAGAAUCACAUCAUUCGCGCUGCCUUGGAAGCCGUCUGUUUUCAGACUAGAGAUAUAUUAGAAGCCAUGAACAAAGAUUGUGGUAUGCCGCUGACAAAGCUCAACGUUGACGGGAAAAUGACGUCGAACGAUUUACUAUUGCAAUUGCAGACCGAUCUUAUUGGCAUUCCUGUCAUGCGUGCACACACGUGGGACAUGGCGGCGUUGGGCGUGGCUAUAAUGGCUGGAAAUUCGGUUGGAGUUUGGAGUUGCGAGCGAUGGAAGCAACAUGCUACGCCUACUGAUACAUUCCUUCCUACCACCACAGAUGAUGAUCGGGACGUGAGAUACACGAAAUGGAAAAUGGCUGUGCAACGCUCACUCGGAUGGGCGACCACAAAGAAAUCCAUCGCAAUGACAGAGGAAAGAUAUAGGCUAUUAGCCUCUAUUCCCGCUACGGUUUACCUGAUCGGUAGUUUUGCGAUGCUAGUCGUAUCUUCUAUGCUCAAAAAUAGGUGA